AUGGGGAAACGUGCAAGUACGAAGAGAUUGUCUUCGAUGUCUGAUGCAGCUUCAAAAGCAAUUGACAUAAAAGCCCGUAAACGUAUUGAAGAACUUUAUGAAUUAACCGAUGAAAUAAUCAAUGCUUAUAAUGAAGUUAACGAAACCUAUGUGAAUAAAGUGUAUCGAAAAUAUAAACAAUUACAGGAAGUUAAUAAAAAAUUAAAACAACAACUGAACCAUCAUCAUUGUUCUGGUUGUAAAUGCACGAUUCUACCCAAUGACAGCACACAAAACGAAGACGAAGAGGAAGACGACAACAUUGAAGAUACCGAUAGUUCAACAUUAGAUGAAAAUGAUCAAAUUUAUGAGCAAACAGGUAAAUCAGCUUCAUCAUCGACGACCACAAGAUCCAUAAUGACAAGAAGCAAGAAAAACAAUGCUUUCCUAAUACCUGAUAUUGAAGAUACGCAACAUUUCGAUGUUAACGAUAGCCGACUUAGUAGAAAAAGUCCUAGUACUGAUGCCGAUAAUCAAGAUAGAGUAUCCAUGGUCACGAAUCAAAGUGAAAACGAAACAACACACAAUGAUAAUCAAUCCGAACAUGAAGAGGAAGAAAUUGGUAACAAUAAUGAUGAACAUGCACAAGAAGAAGAAGAAGAAGAAGAAGAAGAAGAAGAAGGUGGCGAUGAUGAAGACGUGGAUAAUUUGCCAUUAGCCUUACAGGAUAUUAUUCGAAAGAAAGCACAAAAAAAUAAAAAUGCUAAAAUUUAUUUACUUCACAUUCCUCGCUAUCCAGCAUUAUGCGAAUUUCUUCGUGAUAGAUCUCGUACAUCGUUUGAUCAUCGUCCGAGUGAAAAUCAAGUACGUCCAUUGAUUGCAAAUCAUCUUAGUGAACAAAUGGCUAAUGAUGCAAAAAUCCGUAUGCGUUUACGUGAUGAACUACGUGAAAUACAUCGAUCAUAUAUGAGAACAUUCAUGAAUGAUCCACAUGCAAAUGCUACCAAAAUAUCUUUUCAUAAACAUAAACGACUUAAUAUCAAACAAAGUCCUAUGUAA